UGUAUUAUAGUGAAAAUAUAAAUAUAAACAUAAUUAUUGUUAGUUAUGAUAAUAAAUUAUUAAUGAAUUAUAAAAACGAUUUGACGGUUAAAAAUGUUAAAAAAAUUUAAACAUAAUAGAUAAUAGUAAUAAUACAUAAUAGUCUUUUCUUUCAAAAAAGCAAUAAGUAAAAAUGAUAACACCCUAAAUUAUGCUGACAUCUGUAUAAUCAUCCUAGAUAGAUUAUAGCAGAAUAUUAUAGCCCAUAACAUUUGAAAGUAUUUAUACAAUGUCUAAUAGAUACUGCUCAUUAGUUUUAGUAAAUUUUACUAAAACAAGAUUUAUGUCUACAUCAAAUUUAAAAAAUAUAAGAACUAAAUCAAAAAAAGAAAUACCUAUUGUUAAGGGUUUACCAAUAGUUGGUACAAUGUUUUCAAUUUUGGCUGCUGGUGGUGGUCGUAAAUUACAUGAAUAUAUUGAUAAACGUCAUGAACAAUAUGGUUCAGUAUUUAGAGAAAAACUUGGUCCUGUUGAUGCAAUUUGGAUUAGCAACCCGUUAGACAUGAAAUUAUUAUUUGCACAAGAAGGAAAAUUUCCUAAACAUAUUUUACCUGAAGCAUGGUUACUUUACAAUGACACAUAUGGCCAACAAAGAGGACUCUAUUUCAUGGAUGGAAAAGAAUGGUGGAAAUAUAGACAAAUAUUUAAUAAAAUUAUGUUAAAAGAUUUAAAUGUACAUUUUAUUGAAUCUUAUAAAAUUGUAAUUAAUGAUUUAUUAAACGAAUGGGAAUUGAAAGAUGGACAAGUGCUUCCAAAUCUUAUAGAAGAUUUAUACAAACUUUCAAUAUCAUUUAAAUGGUUUACAGUUAUGGUGGCUCAUUUAGUUGGAGGAGUUUAUGAUAAUUAUAAAAAUGACAUAUCAAAUGAUGUAAAUUGUUUAGCACAAAGUAUACAAAAAGUAUUUCAGUGUACUGUAAAAUUUACAGUUAUUCCUGCAAACAUUUCUAAAUCAUUAAAACUGAAAAUUUGGAAUGAUUUUGUACUUGCUGUUGAUAAUUCUAUUGAAAGUGCAAAUAAUUUAGUUUCAAAAUUAAUGAGCUUUAAUGGUGAUGGUUUAUUAAAUUCUAUACUAAAUGUUCAUGACAUACCUAUUGAUAUGGUUAAGAGGCUGAUAGUUGAUUUUAUAAUUGCAGCUGGUGAUACUACUGCUUAUUCAACUCAAUGGUCUUUAUAUACUCUAGGGCUUCACAAGAGUAUACAAAAUAAUUUAAGACAUAGCUUAUUAGAAACAGAUUUUUUGGAAUGUGAUUAUUUAAAUAAUGUUUUAAAAGAAGUUUUAAGAAUGUAUCCGUUGGCACCUUUUCUUGCAAGAUUUUCUCCAAACGAUAUAUAUUUAACAGAUCACAUGAUACCUGCAAAUAGUUUAGUUGUUAUGUCAAUGUUUACAAGUGGUAGAAAUGGAAAAUAUUUCAAUAACCCUGAUGAUUUUGAACCAGAUCGCUGGAAUCGUCUAAAAAAUAAUAAAUAUAAAGGUGUAAGUGAGCCAUUUGCAACUCUUCCUUAUGGAUUUGGUGCAAGAUCAUGCAUUGGACAAAAAAUGGCACAUGUUCAGAUGUGUUUGACACUAGCAGAGUGCAUCAAAAGAUAUGAAAUACAGACAAUGAAACCAGUGAAAAUUGCAUUAGAUUUAAUUACAGUUCCAGAUAAUCACAUAAAUAUAAAACUAAAAAAGAUAUAAUUUUUAAGUUAUUAAAUUAUUUAUCUUUAUACCUAAUUAAAUAGGUAUUGGCUCAUAAAAACAAAGCCGUAACUUAGGGUGAAAGGUCCAUGGAUCCAGACCCAACGCCCCCUCGAAAUUUUUAAAAAGUAGAAAUAUAUAAUGUAAAUUAUAGAUAAAAAUGACAAGUCUUCAAUAUUUUGAUAUUUAAAAAAAAUUUGUACCCCCCUCCCCCCCUGAAAUUUUUUUUUCAGUUACGGCCUUGCUGAUAAAAAUAUUGUAAUAUCUUCAAUUAUUAUAGUUAAAAUUUAAAAUAUUAAGUAUAAGUACUAAGUAUACAGGGAAAUUAUAUUUACCAACUGACAACUUCUAUAAUUAUCACUUAUUUAUAAGUAAAUAGUAAAUAGUUACUUAUUAUAUUGUACGGGUUCUUUUUUUUUUGAACCAACGGCUCCGCGGAAACUGCUUUCGCAUUACCUACGCGAGACUUCUGGUUAUUAUACCUUUAAAUUUACAUGUAUUUUUUAUUGUGAUUAUAAAAUUGUGUUAUAUUUUAAAAUUUUGUUUUACAUUGUGAUGAUUAAUAAAAUAAUUAGUGAUCACUGAUCAUA